AUGCCGCCCCCGUUCAAACUGAUGAUGCAACAAUCUUUGAGUGAGAGUCAAACCCUCAAUCUGUCUGGACAUGUUAUCAGCUUGAACCUCCGUAUUGAAUUAAUUGGCGAUGCCAACCAGAGGGUCGAGCCUGUAGGACUCACUGGUGUAAGAGGGGCAGAUGUCGUCAAAAACUCGCCAGCAGCAGAAAACAACAAAGCUCCCCUCCUUCUCCCGAACCACGGCCUUGAAGCGGGUGAGGCAGAGUCCAUAGCCGAGCUCAAGAAACAACUACAACAUGCAGAAUCUUCCUGCUCAAGACUGGAGGAACUAUACCAAACAUACAGAUUGCGUUGGCUAGAGGAAUGUUACCGGGCCGGAAUCUUGGAGAAAUAUGCUCCAAGUGGAAUCAGUACGUGCUCUCCUCGCCAAAUCGAAUGGAAUGCCCCUUCUCCCAUCCAAACCAAUGGUGACGAUGAAGUUGAACACUAG